AUGCUCCGCCCUAUAUUCCCAUCUGGUGCGGCAUCUCGUAUCACUUCGGCGUGGUGCUCAUGUGCUGCUCAGAAGAGAUACUAUCAUGACAACGUGUUAGACCACUUCAAGAACCCUCGAAAUGCCGGAAAGCUCGAUAAGAAGGACCCCAGUGUUGGCACUGCCGUUGUUGGUAAGGCCUCUUGUGGUGAUGUCGUCCAACUUCAAGUUAAAAUAGAAGACGGUGUUGUUCAAGACGCUAAGUUCAAGACAUUCGGUUGCGGUUCGGCGAUUGCGAGCAGUAGUCUUGCCACUGAGAUGAUCAAGGGUAAGACUCAGAAGGAAGCCUCCGAGUUGAAGAACACGGACAUUUCUGGCUAUCUCAAACUGCCCCCGGUGAAGAUCCACUGCUCACUCCUCGUCGAAGAGGCGGUCCACGCAGCUCUGGCUGAUUAUGAGCGCAAGCGAAGCUCAUUGAAGGGCGCUGAGGAAGCUACAGUUGUCUAA